GAUGAGGCUGGAGACAGGGACAUCAGGCCAGAGCUGCGGCCUUCUUCUUUUCACAAGAGCCGGGCUCGCCAUCGUUGCAGCAGCAGCAGCAGCAUCCGCCAACGCUUUGCCAUCAUCACACCAGCAUCUUUGGUCAGUGAGCAGAUCCAGGAGCAUGAGCAGGAAGUUGUGCGGCGCGAGCAGAUGUCAGGGUAUAAGCGCAUGCGGCGGCAGCACCAGAAGCAGCUGAUUGCCCUGGAGAAUAGGCUAAAGGCCGAGAUGGAUGAGCACAAGCUCCGACUGCAGAAGGACGUGGAGACCCAGGCCAAUAACACCUACAUUGAAUUAGAGCGGCUGGCCAAGAAGCAAGCUGUACAACUGGACAAGGAGAUGAAAUCCUCGGCAGCUGAAGAAAAAAGAAUCCAGCAACAGAUCUUAGUCCAGCAGAAGAAGGAACUGACCACCUUCUUGGACACACAGAAAAAGCAGUACAGACUAUGCAGAGAAAGAAUGAAAGAGGAAAUGAAUGAAGACUCCGAUACACCAAAAGAGGAGAAACAGGAUCGCUUGUCUCGGCAUAAGGAAACAAUGCAGCGCUCCCAGGCUGAGGAGGAGGCCCAGCUGUUGAACCAGCAAAGACUGGUUUACGAAAGGAGCUGCCGUGCUCUAAAAAGAAGAAGCCUUAUCAAAAAGCACGAGUUUGAACAGGAGCAAAUACGGGAGGAGCUUAACAAGAAGAAGACACAAAAAGAAAUGGAGCAUGCAUUGAUGAUCAGGCAGGAUGAGUCCACCCAAGAGUUGGAACAGCGGCAUCUACAAACCUUACAAAGGCUACGCUUUGAGCUGAUGCGCCACCAGCAUCAAACUGAGUUGGAGAACCAGGAGGAGUACAACAGUCGACGCCAGAGGGAGCUACACAGGAAGCAUGCACUGGAACGCCGACAGCAGCCCAGGAACCUUAAGACAUUGGAAAUGCAGAUUAAAAAGCAAUUCCAAGAUACCUGUAAGGUGCAAAACAAGCAGUACAAAGCUUUGAGGAACCAUCAGCUGGAGGUAUCCCCGAAGAGUGACCACAAAGCCAUCCUGAAAUCUCUGAAGGAGGAACAGACCCGCAAGCUCGCACAGCUGGCAGAACAAUAUGAGCAAAGUAUUAAUGAGAUGAUGGCCUCUCAAUCGUUACGUUUAGAUGAAGAGCAGGAGGCUGAAUGUCAGGCUUUAAGGCAGCAACUGCAUCAGGAGAUGGAGCUCCUAGAUGCCUACCAGAACAAAACAAAGGCGCAGAUGGAGGCCCAACACGAGCGUGAGGUGCAGAAGUUGGAACAGAAGGCGUCCUUGCGCCGGGCUCACUUGGAACAGAAGAUUGAAGAAGAGCUGGCCUCACUUCAUAAAGAGCGAACUGAAAAAAUCAAGCAUUUAUUUGAGCGUCAGGAGCGAGAACUGGAGAUGUUUGAUAUGGAGAGCGCGCGGCUAGGAUUCGGAAGCUUGGCCUCAUUUGACUUUCCCAAUGAUGAGGCCAGAUGAUCCAACAGAGGUUAAAGGGACUGUUCAACACUUGAUGUCCUUGGACACAUUGUGCCUGCACUGUCCCUGAUUGUCGGAUUCUCCAAGAUCACCCAAACAGUGACAAUGCUGGAUCAAUAUCUUAAAACUUGCAUCGGCUGUGAGAACUUCCCUGAGAUUCAGAGAUGAGAAACUAAACAGCCACAGACACAAAAGUGGCUUGGUGAUGCAUCACCAAGCUCAUAAACCCAGAAGAAAUAUCUAGACAAACUGACCUUUUCUCCAUGCCAUUGUCCCACUUUUGGUAUUAAAUUAGUUAAUUCAGGAUAUUUUAGUACAAGAAAGCACUUUGAUAUGUUAAGUAUGAUGCCAUCAUGCUAGGUGGAUAUGAAGUGUGAAAUGCCUUUGGCUUCAUCAAAGGACAAUGCGACAGUAGAAUGUGUCCUGCGUCUUCACCGUGGCUAUUAGCUGUUUUGUAUGUAUCACAGAGAAUGUUGAUGAAAACUUUACGCAGAAGCAGAUUUUGAAGCAGUGUCUGAUUUUAAAA